CUUUCCUUACAUGAGAAAAAUCAAAAUAAUAAUUUAAUUGGGGAAUAUAUUGGAAAAUCGGAGCCAAAACUCUGAGCAGCGCGCUAAAGUGGUAAUUUGAAUUUACAUGACCCAAAUCAGACGACUAUAGAGAGCUGAUGGAAGGGAAAGGAGAAAGUGAAGUAGGUUUCACAGACAUCGAAACAAUCUCAGAUACUCUCAACAGCUCUAUCAGAUUCCAUCUUGUUACUGACAUCUUAGGUUUCGUCCUCUAUAUGCACCAGCAAAUCCCUUCCAUACUGCAGGAUCUCACUCUAGAAUAUGAUGUAUUGAACUCUGAAUAUGCGGAAUUGGAGACAGCUCUUUUACAAGCAGAAACUGGCCCUUCACAUAGAAAGCAUGCCGCCAGGAAGAGGGAGGUGAGGAUGGGAAUAAGAAGACUAGAUAAGUUAAUGAACACUAUAUCUAGUCUCAAGGCUGCUCUUCAAUUGAUGAUCACGGAAUUUCCUGCUAUUCAAAGGGUUGUUCUGAUUCUUGGGCCUAGUCCUUUGCGCCCGCUACAUGUGUGUGAACUCUGCUUUUCGCAUGAAACGACAGCCUCAGGAGGAGAUUUUACUAGGAAUCGAGUUGUGGAAGCACUUUCAAAGAAGGCUAUUCGGGUCUUAAUUUCAAAGGGUGCAGGAUCUAGCUUCACUGCUGGUCCAACCAAGUUGUUCCUAUUGGUUCAAGCUCCUUCUUCAAUCAACUUGCCUUUGCAUUUUCUUCCAAAGAGGGAUUUUAGGUACAGCAAAAAGAUAGUGCCUUUGAAAUUGCGGUUUAGUUGUAGAAGCAAAAAUCUUGAAAGAGAAGCAUGUGCUGAUGAUGCUCAAACUGCUAAAGCAAUCACAUCGCAUAGUUCUAAACUUGAAGACGUUAUCUGGUUUCAGUGUCGGCAUAUUAUUAAGGGCUUGGCUUCCAGGACUUCUACAACUGAAGAGUGAAGAUGGCUUCCUUCUUCCUU